GACAGUCCAAAGUAUAAAGUAGCGCGAGCGCCUUAACUGGGAAAAAGUAUAGUCGAUAGAGAAGGACACGCAGAGCAGCGCACACUCACGCAUGUAGCCACACAUCUAGCUGUACAGCGGAAUACAGGCCCAUAUGUGUUCACGAACACACGGAAAAGUGGACGUCUUUGCAAAUUAAUUAAGGAGUAAAUACCCGAAAAUGGAGUGGGAGUUAUGGAUUUAAAGCGUAGAGGACUUGAAAUGGGCGGUCUGCUGGCGGUGUUACUGCUGAGGAGUUGCCUGCUGUCGGCGGUUCACGGUUCACCUCUCCUUCUCUUUGCCAACCGGCGAGACGUACGAUUGGUAGAUGCAGAGGGUGUACGGGGUGAGUCGGCCAUUGUUGUUAGUGACCUAGAGGAUGCAGCAGCGGUGGACUUCCUGUACUCUGAGGGCCUUAUAUUUUGGACAGAUGUCAGUGAGGAGGCCAUCAAACAGACCCACUGGAACCAGUCAUCCAACUCCCUUAAAGAGGCACUGGGAACUGGCCAGACCGUGGUAGUAUCAGGACUGGACAGUCCUGAUGGGCUGGCCUGUGACUGGUUGGGUAGAAAGCUGUACUGGACAGACUCAGAGACCAAUCGGAUUGAAGUUGCCAACCUGGAUGGCACCUCCAGGAAGGUCCUGUUUUGGAUGGAUUUGGACCAGCCCAGGGCUGUUGCUCUCAACCCUGCUCAACGCUACAUGUACUGGACAGACUGGGGGGAGGAGCCCAGAAUAGAGCGUGCCGGCAUGGAUGGCAGCAACAGGAAAGUGAUAGUGAAUGUGGACAUAUACUGGCCCAACGGUCUGACCAUAGACCUGGUGGAGCAGAAGCUGUACUGGGCAGAUGCUAAACUCAGCUUCAUUCACAGAGCUAACCUGGAUGGAUCAGCACGUGAAACAGUGGUGGAGGGCACCCUCACCCAUCCUUUUGCACUCACACUGUCUGAAGAGACCUUGUACUGGACCGACUGGCAGACUCGCUCCAUCCACGCCUGUAACAAACACAGUGGAGACAAAACCAGAGAAAUCCUCAGUGGGAUUUACUCUCCUAUGGACAUCCAGGUUCUAGAGCCCUAUCGACAGCCUUACAUCCAGACUCCCUGUAGUGACAACAAUGGAGGCUGUAGUCAUCUCUGCCUGCUCUCUCCAGUCCAGCCUUUCUACAGCUGUGCCUGCCCCACUGGUGUCCAGCUUAAACCAGAUGGAAAGACAUGCAAGCCAGGAGCAGAGCAGGUUUUGCUUCUGGCUCGACGGACUGACCUCCGGAGAAUCUCACUGGACCUGCCAGACUUCACCGACAUAGUGCUACAGGUUGAUGACAUUCGCCAUGCUAUUGCUAUAGACUAUGACCCAGUUGAGGGUUACGUCUAUUGGACAGAUGAUGAGGUUCAUGCCAUUCGGCGAGCCCACAUUGAUGGCAGCAAUGCCAUGAUGCUGGUUACCACGGAGAUCAAUCACCCAGAUGGCAUUGCUGUGGACUGGGUGGCCAGAAACCUGUACUGGACAGACACUGGCACUGACCGAAUUGAGGUGACCAGGCUGAACGGAACCUCUCGGAAAAUAUUGAUUUCUGAGAACUUGGAUGAACCCAGAGCCAUAGUCCUGGACCCAGUUAAUGGCUACAUGUACUGGACUGACUGGGGCGAGCAUCCUAAGAUCGAGCGGGCUAACCUGGAUGGAACGGACCGGGUGGUUCUGCUCAACAGCUCUCUGGGCUGGCCCAAUGGACUGGCAAUAGAUUAUGCAGCAGGAAAACUAUACUGGGGAGACGCUAAAACAGACAAGAUAGAGGUGAUCAAUGUGGAUGGCAGUAAUAGACAGACUCUGCUAGAGGACAAGCUGCCGCACAUCUUUGGCUUUACUCUGCUGGGUGAUUACAUCUACUGGACUGACUGGCAGAGACGCAGCAUCGAGAGGGUCCAUAAAGCCACGGCUGUACGAGAGAUCAUCAUUGAUCAGCUGCCAGAUUUAAUGGGGCUGAAGGCCACUAAAGUGACAGAGACGUACGGUACGAAUGGCUGUGCAGUGGAUAAUGGUGGAUGCAGCCAUCUGUGUUUCUGGCGUCGGCAGGCUGUCAGUUGUGCCUGUCCGAUGGGGAUGGAGCUCCUCUCAGACCUGCAGACCUGUGUGGUGCCUGAGGCCUUCCUGCUCUUCACCAACAGGGACAACAUCAGGAGUAUCUCUUUGGGUACCAACAGCAAUGAUGUGGCCAUUCCUCUGACAGGAGUUAAAGAGGCCUCAGCUCUCGACUUUGAUGUCUGUGAAAGGAGAAUAUACUGGACAGACAUACAAGCCAAGACAAUCAGCAGAGCAUAUAUGAAUGGCAGCUCAGUAGAACAUGUCAUAGAGUUUGGACUGGACUACCCAGAGGGCAUGGCAGUUGACUGGAUGGGUCGUAACAUCUACUGGGCAGAUACAGGGACUAACCGUAUUGAGGUGGCUCGGCUGGAUGGCCAGUACCGACAGGUUCUCGUCUGUAAGGAUCUUGACAACCCACGCUCGCUGGACAACCCACGAUCCCUUGCACUGGACCCUGCCAAUGGCUACAUGUACUGGACAGAGUGGGGUGGUCGACCUCGUAUAGCCAGAGCCUACAUGGAUGGCAGCACUGUCAUGACGCUGGUGGAUAAAGUGGGCCGCGCCAACGGACUGACAAUUGACUAUGUAGACCAUCGACUCUACUGGACUGACCUGGACACAUGCAUGAUUGAAAGCACCAACAUGCAAGGCCUUCAGAGGGAGAUCAUUGUGGAUGACCUCCCUCACCCCUUCGGUCUGACUCAGUACCGAGAUUUUAUCUACUGGACAGACUUUAACCUGCGCAGUAUUGAACGGGCAGACAAACGCAGUGGACUCAACCGCACUGUGGUACUGCAGGGCCAGCUGGAGCUCAUGUUGGACAUCCUGGUGUUUCACUCCUCCCGUCAGGAUGGUACCAACGAGUGCUCCCAUAACAACGGCAACUGCGCCCACCUCUGCCUGGCCACACCUGCUGGUGCCCAGUGCCGUUGUGCCUCCCAUUACACCUUGAACCCCGAUGGACGGAACUGUAGCUCUCCCUCUAGUUUCCUGCUCUUCAGUCAAAAGGCCAGUAUCAGCAGGAUGGUUUUGGGAGAGCAGAGUCCUGACAUCAUCCUGCCCAUCCAUGUCCUGAGGAACGUGCGAGCCGUCAGCUAUGACCCGCUGGACCGGCUGGUCUACUGGCUGGAUGGACGACAGAACAUACGCAGGGCGAGAGAUGAUGGAGCCAUGUCCAUGAUAGUGAGCAGCACUGUUCAGCCAGUGGACAACCAACUUCAUGACCUGAGCUUGGACCCCUACAGCCGCCACAUUUACUGGACCUGUGAGACAACCAACACCAUCAAUGUCCAGAGGAUGGACGGACACACCGUGGGUGUGGUCCUGAAGGACGACACAGACAAGCCCCGGGCCAUCGUGGUCAACGCUGAGAAAGGGUACAUGUAUUUCACCACAGUGCAGGAGCGCUCAGCCAAGAUUGAAGGAGCCAGUCUGGACGGGACAGAGAGGGAAUCUUUGUUCACCACAGGUCUGAUCAGACCAGUAGCUCUGGCUCUGGACAACAAACUGGGAAAACUGUUCUGGGUUGAUGCCGACCUCAAAAGAAUUGAGAGCAGUGACCUGACAGGAGCCAAUCGUAUUGUCCUCCAGGAUUCCAACAUUCUCCAGCCAAUGGGGCUGACAGUUCUGGGAGAUCAUCUGUACUGGAUCGACCGGCAGCAGCAGAUGAUAGAGAGGGUGGACAAACUGACUGGAGACGGACGGACACGCAUACAGGGAAGGAUAUCAUACCUGACCUCCAUCCAUGCUGUAGAGGAGAUGGACCCACAGGAGUUUGCAUCCCACCCUUGUUCCCGUGACAACGGGGGCUGCUCUCAUAUCUGCAUCGCUAAGGGUGAUGGUACACCUCGCUGCUCCUGUCCAAUGCAUCUGGUGUUACUGCAGGACCUGCUGCGCUGUGGAGAGCCUCCCACCUGCUCCACAGAGCAGUUCACCUGCUCCACAGGGGAGAUCGACUGUAUUCCUAUGGCCUGGCGAUGUGAUGGCUUCUCUGAAUGUGAAGACGGCAGCGAUGAGGAGAACUGCCCCGUCUGCUCAGCCUUCCAGUUCCAGUGUGAUAAAGGAGGCUGCAUUGAUGCUCAAAGGCGCUGCAAUGGGGAACCCGACUGUGCUGAUAACUCUGACGAGCAGGACUGUGAAACUAUCUGCCCUCCUAACCAGUUCCGCUGUGGUGACAACCAGUGCAUCACUAAGAAACAACAGUGUGACAAUUACUCUGACUGUCCCGACGGAUCAGAUGAACUUGCCUGUGAAUAUGUGUCUCCUCCCUCCAGUGGCAUCCCCAAUACUGGGCCUAACACCAUUGGUCCAGUCAUUGCCAUCAUCCUGCUUGUCUUUGUGAUCGGGGGAGCUUACUUUGUCUGUCAGCGUGUGGUGUGUCGACGCUACAAGGGCCCCAGUGGCACUUUUCCUCACGAGUACAUCAGCGGUACGCCCCAUGUGCCCCUCAACUUCAUUGCCCCCAGCAGCUCCCAGCACGGCACCUUCCAAGGUAUUUCCUGUGGGAAGUCUAUGAUGAGUUCAGUCAGCCUGAUGGGCAGCAGCAGCAGUGGAGCUCCUCUCUAUGACAGGAACCAUGUGACUGGAGCCUCAUCCAGCAGCUCAUCAUCUACCAAAGGAGCCUUCUACCCUCAGAUCCUGAACCCUCCUCCAUCCCCAGCUACUGACCGCUCUCUCUACAACACAGAGAUCUUCUACUCCUCCAACAGUCCAUCCACCACCAGGUCUUACAGACCCUACCACCCAGUCCGUGGCGCUGCCCCUCCCACUACGCCCUGCAGCACCGACGUCUGCGACAGCGACUACACCCCCCACCACCUGCCGGCUGGACUGGCUUCGUCAGCGGGCCGCUGGAAGGCCGCGGGCCACGGCAGCCACGGCAAACACAACAAGUACUACAUGGACCUUAACUCAGACUCGGACCCCUACCCUCCACCCCCAACUCCCCGCUCUCAGUACCUGUCAGCCGAGGAGAGCUGCCCCCCGUCCCCUUCCACCGAGCGCUCCUACUUCCACCUGUGUCCCCCCCCUCCCUCACCCUGCACCGACUCCUCAUGACCCUCCAACAGCCUCAGAGCCCUGUGAAGAAGGAACGGACAAAGUAUGCUCGCCUCACCCAGAACUGGCCUCAUCUGGCCCACUUUACCAGGGAAAGAACUCGUGUGCCAACUUCCAGCCCUGACCGGCUCACACAUGCUGCUUUAUAUCAGCUGGUUAGGCUCAAGUGCCUUAUUCAAGGUUCAUCUGUCCCGCAUUGGUCAUUUCAUCAUUCCAGUCAUCUGGGAGCUUUCUGGGUGACCAUCAUCUGAUCAGUUCUAUUUCUGUCUUCCAUGUGUCCUGCUCUCACAUUCACUCACUCGUGGCAGGUUGAAGGUUUGAGGCCCUUCCUGCCUCCCUGCAGGACACAAAAAGGAGAUGAUGAGUGAGUACAGCCAGCAGCUCCCUCUUUAAUUUUCAUUCCAUCAGAAGAAGAAAACUUCCUUUGCUGGGCCACUUCUUGAUCACAAAAUUUCAAGAUGUCCAUCUGUCUAAAUAUAAGCCUAACUCCAGGUCUCCCCUAAACUCACUGACUGAGAGAGUCAGCACUAGGCACUGGUGUUGUGCGAAAAACCAUGAGUCCAAUGCCACAAAUUAUUGAAGCCAAGGCGUAGAAGGCAUGCGCCACAAAACCCAACCCCCAACACCCCCACCCCCCCCAGCCUCCCAUCCGUUUGUCCCCUCCUUCCUCACAGCGUCCUUGUUGGCAGACCAGCGGCAGGACUGUAUAUAGUGUUAAAAUAAUAUGAACAAAAAUAGAUAAGAGAGUAAUUAUUUUACUAUUUUAUUCAUGCUGGCUGAUCCACCACUCCACAGAAAACAAAGGACAGAUAGAUGAGUGGAUGUGUGAAUGAGUGACUGGAUGAUGAUGAAUGACUGGACAACUGUAUACGUGAGCAUAUGUGAAUGUUUUGCUUAUUGUAGGAAAUUAGAUAAAUUCAUAGACGAUGACUGAGUGAAUGUGUAGAAUUCUGAACGAAUGAGUGGAUGGAUGGAACAGGGCCAAGAUCAAAGUGUGAAAUCUUUUGUACAUUAUUUUGAAAUUGUGUCCCUCACUUUUCAAAUUGGGAAUUCUUUGUAGUUGGACACAGCAACUGUUUUUUUUUUUUUUUUUUUUUUUUAAGUGGUAGAGCUUACUCCAAUCAUCAGGGACAAAUCUGGCAACAGUUCCUUCCUUAUCCCAUGAAAUCACCACGUGACUACAACAUACCAAAUGAAUAUCAACAUGUAAAGCUAUUGUACAUAUGUGUAAUGAAGUCAAUGAGUGAGUUGUGACAAAUGGAUGCUUUUCAUUGUGAAUCUGAACCUCUUCCAUCACCUUUUCUUUACUCUCAUGGUCCCGUUUACCAAAAGUAUGUUUGCUGCUAUUGUGUACAUACUAUAAUAGUUACUAUGACAUAUAAUUACACAGAAAGCCCAAAAUUACCACUCUCAUACUGACAGUAGAUCAUGAAGCUAUUUUACAGUUAAUAACAAAUUAUUCUUAUAGCGAUUUCUGUUAUUUGUAUUUCUGUUUGUGUGUAGAUCAUGUAUGUUUCUGUCAGUCACUAUGUCUGGUUUGAAGGAGUCUUUAUGGAAAAGAAAAUUGAAAGGUUGAAAGAGUUCCAGCUCAACUGAAGGUUUCGGUAUGCUUCAGAUAAAUCUGCUCCAGUCUCUCUCUGAGAACUGUGUCCUAUUAGAGUGUUUUUAUAAAGGAAUUGUAUGAGGCAAGAAAUUCACACCCACGCCUCCACACACCUGGCCAAUCACUGCCUAAAGUGGGCAAGAAAAGAUUUUAGACUCUGUUAGACAGUUGGUUUGAAGCAUGCUGUGGCCUGGGGUUGUGCAGUUACUCACCUCCAGUAGAGUGGACCUGCUGUGACUGCUGUGGAGUUUGAAUGCUUUCCCACAUAAAAGAUCCUGCAGAAACCUCACCACUGCAAAAAUCUCAGUCAGAGGUUUAAAACUUUUUGCUCUGCCUGGGGUCUUUGCCACAGAUGUCUGAACAACUACUCAACAGUUUUCUGAUAUAGUCACUAAUGAUUUUUUCUGACCCCCUGACCUUUGCUCCUCAGAUGCUCAAUCUAACAGAUGAAGAAGCAGCUCUAAAAAUGAAGAGUUUUGAUUUUAAAGAGCAAAUGAACACUGUGUUUUAGUUUUAACAUGCAGCCUUUCAGUUUUUCUAAAAAAAACAUUCACAUGUAGAGCCCCCAGACUGAAUGUCACUUAGCUUUGUACAGCAGGGACAUUCAGUACAAGGCAACAUUUACUUGAUUUCCUCUUGAAAAUUACAAAACACUACCGUCUCAAUAAAAAGUAUAGACCGGGGCCAGAAUGUGACAGUGUAUUAAAGUCACCGUACUUACAAUUUAGUCUGAGUCCAAAUGGUUUUAGUGUUAAGUUAUCACCUUUCAGGACAAACUUUACAUUCCUGGUCCCACAACCAGUAAGGCUUUAAGAAUAUCAAAUGUGGAGUUUUUGUGCAGCAUGUUUUCUUAGUUACUUCCACCCUCAUGGUCAAAGAUUGGCUUUGGAUGUUGGUAUAUUCAGUCUAUUAAUCCAGCACUUAGUAAAUAUCAACACAGGACCUAGCAACAAAAAGUGCAAAAACAUUUUAUGCACGUACCAAAAGAGCAUAACAUUAUUGUUUCCCAGGAAAUAAAUGAGUGUUUUUGAAGCAAAAGGAGAAUGUUUUUGGCUUUUCACCUUGGCUGUGGAGUUAAGACUUAAUAAACUGACUUUCGGUCAUGCUCACUAAAAUUGGAAAACAGUUUUAGGGUCAGAGACAGAUCUAGGACAACCCGUAUCAUGCUGUAUCAUCUUCUAGAACCACUUUUGGGCAAAGGAGAACGCACCAUGCUUCCUUUAAGCUGGCCCUAUUAUUACAGUAAUGUGUGCGCUUCACAGGAGCAUCUUAUUUUAAUAGUACAGUGCCAGCAAAAUGUAAAGACAGAAGGCAAACUGUUGUCUAUUAGUGUGAUCCAGUCCUCUAAGCACCAAGUGGGGGUGAAUGUAGCCAUGAAAAGUGUCUCUUCCACAGCAGUCAGUGCUGGCCAUUGUCUAGUUUCCUGAUAGAAAACUAUACCAGCACUUUUUGAGGCUGGAACUUUCGGAACUUGCAGUGUGUUUGCUGUUGUCUGGUAAAUCCAUCUCCUGUCAAGGAACAUUACAGCUGAUGUCUGGUGACUAGUAUCAGAUGGAUUUCCAGCUAACAGAGCUGAAGGGGUGUCUAUCUGUGUCAGUGGGAACUCUGAGCAGCACAGCUCAUUCAUAUUAAGGGCUGUAGGGGCCCGGACCCAAACCACUGUGUCAGUAAAACUCCUUAAAACCCUGUAUUUGUUGUCUCAGCUAAAAAUGCUUUGUGUAAUUUACACUUGUGACAAUUUUUGUAUCAAAAGCAUUUUUAUAAUAAAGGUUCUAUUUUAAGGAA